GCCUCAGCACUGCAGCCUCCAGAGAUGUAGGUGGCGCUGUAGCGUGGGCCGGGUCGAGCGCGCUCGGUUUCUCUCUCUUGCAGGCGGCGGAGCAGUCGCAAGCGCGGAGAAGGGGAGACCCCGCGGUUGAGCAUCCCUAAUCUGAAAGUCUGAAAUACUCCAAAAUUCAAAACUUUUUGAGUGCCAACAUGAUGCCUCAAGUGGGAAAUUCCACACUUAAUCUCAUAUGACAGCUUGCAGUCAAGACACAGGUAUACAACACAGCUUAUUCAGCAUCCCCAAGGAAAAUAAGACCCUCCUUGUCUUCAGCUGCAAUAUAUCUUUUCUCCACACACCCAGAUUCUCUCACAGAAGCACACCCUCAGAGGGUUAUAAAAUGACGUGUGCAGGCCCAUUGUGCCAACAGCAGAUUCCCCAGCAUGUUCCACAUGGGGCCAAGACAUACAUGCGUUGUUAGCAGUAGUUUUUUGCAUAUUCUUUGCUCUACAGUGUAAAAAUCUUAUUGAAAAUGUCAAAAAGGCCUGCAGAUGUUCCUGUGAGUAACAAUGAUAAGAAAAAGAGGAAGCAUUUAUGUUUAUCUAUAGCACAGAAAGUCAAGCUAUUGGAAAAACUGGACAGUGGUAUUAGUGUGAAACAACUUACAGAAGAGUAUGGUGUUGGAAUGACCACCAUAUAUGACUUGAAGAAACAGAAGGAUAAACUGCUGAAGUUCUAUGCUGAAAGUGAUGAACCAAAGUUAAUGAAAAAUAGAAAAACAUUGCAUAAAGCUAAGAAUGAAGAUCUUGAUCGUGUGUUGAAAGAGUGGAUCCGUCAGCGUCGCAAUGAACACAUGCCACUGAAUGGUAUGCUGAUCAUGAAACAAGCAAAGAUCUAUCAUGAUGAAUUGAAAAUUCAAGGAAACUGUGAAUAUUCAACAGGCUGGUUGCAGAAAUUUAAGAAAAGACAUGGUAUUACAUUUUUAAAGAUUUGUGGUGAUAAAACAGCUGCUAAUAACAAAGCAACAGAGAAAUUUAUUGAAAAAGUGGAUAUCAAAAAAGUUUUUCAUAUCAAUAAUCAAGUUCCAGUUGUUCAUUCAUUGACCAAUGGUGAAAUACCUGAAAUGGUUCUGCAUCAAGGUGAAUGUGAUAAUAAUGAUGACAAAGGGGAUGUUAACACUGCAGAGAAAGUGCCUGUGGAAAACAUGGUCAGACUGUGUGAUGGGCUUAUUAAAGGUCUAGAGCAGCGUGCAUUCAUAACAGAACAAGAAAUCAUGUCAAUUUAUAAAAUCAAAGAGAGACUUCUGAGACAAAAACUGCUGCUAAUGAGGCAGACAACCCUGGAGAAAACUUUUAAAAAAGCCACCCAGCACAAUGCCUCCUCAUCCCUAGAGGAGCCACUUCCUGGCCCCUCGGCAGCUUCUGAUGAUUCUUCUCGUCUAAAUAAAUAAAAUAAUGUACAACAGCUUUUUAAUCAAACAUUGUUGCAGGUGGAAACUGAAAGCUGCUAUUGUUUAACAACUGGUGCCACUGUGCUGCUUAGUUACCUUAAACAUAUUACUUCUUCACUAUAUUAAUUGUAUGUCCUGUUUUUUCCUGUUAAGCACUUAUGUGUGAAUGAAUUCAUUAAAAUGAUUGCUCUCUAGUAGCACGUGAAUUCAGAGUGGAAUGAUGGUGAUGCCACAUAGCCACAAAUUAUCCACAUCGGUAAUUGAGAUAGUGGCACCUUUGCUUUCCAAUGGGUCAGUGUACACAGAUUUUCUCAUGUAUAAAAUUAUUUAAAGUAUUAUGUGAAAUUACCUUCAGUCUGUGAUAAGGUACAUAGGAAGUAUUAAAUGAGUUUUGUGGUUAGACUUGAGUUUUAUCCCCUAUCUCAUUAAGUAUACAAACAUUCCAAAAUUUAAAAAAAAUUCAGAGACAUAUCUGGUCCCAAGCAUUUCAGAUAAGGGAUAUUCAACUUGUAGUGAAAUUUUUGUUGGCUGUAACUGUGUGUGUGUGUGUGUGUGUGUGUGUGUGUGUGUGUGUGUGUGUAUUUUCCCCUCUGAAUUCCUGACACAUUGUCAUUGCCAUCCACACAGUGUUCACGAUAAACUAUGCUCUGAGGACUCUUCUGUGCUCCAUAAUAAUGUGCUCUCCAUACCUACUCCCCUAUUACCUUGUUUUUCUUCCCCAUGAACAACUUUAAUUCAUUUUUAUAGGAUAUCUUUGUUUUAAUGACAUGGAGCUGUUUUCAUCCCUUUGUGUCAGUUGCUGAUUAGAAAGCCUUGCCUUUGUAAAUUUGCCUUUUUAGAUCAUCCUAGUAUUUUUAAUUUUUUUUGUUGUAGGUGGACACAGUAUAUUUUCAUGUGAUGCUGAGGAUCAAACCCAGGGCCUCACACAUGUUAGGCAAGCACUCUGCCACUGAGUCACAACUGCAUUCCCUCUCCUAAUAUUUUUAUCUAAUGUCCUAGUGGUAGUAAACUGAGCUUGUGGAUUCUAGAUUCUAUUCUAACAGUACAGCCAUAUGUCAAUCAUUUCCUGCCUAAUAUUUCUUAUAGAUAUAUCCUGUUGGUGGACUGAAAUGCUGUUUACACUUCACUAAUUUUUUCCUUUUGAAUUUUCUCUUUCCCCAACAUUCCUAUUCAAGUGUACUUUUUAAUACAAGGAGAAACAUCAUUGAUAUCUGUCUUCAGCACUUGGUGGCCAGUAUUUGUUACUUAAAUUCUAAACACAUUUGUCACAUCUUCUAUCCAAUCAUGAUGAUAGGAAGGUUCAAAGGGAUCUUUAUUGGAAGAGUGAUGAUAAUGGAAACAGUAGAUUGCUGUCCCAAGAUAGGAGAAAUAGCAAAGGUAUUUAGCAUCAUUCCCCCUACAUUGUCCAUUAUUUUUAAAGAUUGAGCCAAAAUUGAAGAGAAAGUUUAAAAAUAUUUUAAGACUAAAGCAGAGUUGAAUGUGGGUCCUUUGGGGGUAGUAACCAAGAAGUUCAUGCAGGAAAUGAUCAUUUAAUUGUUCUAUUUCUGCAACAUAAUGCCUCAGAUUUUUACUAACUUGGCCAUAGUAAGUUUCAGCUGACUGAACAAAUUUUAGGCGCUUUAUGGAAUUGCUUCAGAUGUUGUCUGUAGUGAAGAAAACAGUGUUCCUGAAAAUUAGUAAUUUGUGUGUAGGAGAAAUUUUAAAAACAAAGACCAAACAAUUGCUGGUUACAGCUUGAAUGGUGUUUUAAAUGCUGAUGAAACAGGUAUACUCUACCAGUUUGUGACUUUCUUUUGUGCUUCAUGACAGAGACGAUCUUUUAAAAGGAAGUAAACAGAUUGGUAGUCGCUAUAUUCUGCUAUAGAGUGUUUUGGACCACUCAUCAUUGGCAAGUCAGCUAACCCCCAUUGCUUCAGAAUUGUUGAUUUGUUCUCCUGUAAUUAACAAGCCAACACACAUGCCCAAAUGAUAACAUUUUUUUUAGGGAAUGGCUGAGUAGGGAAUAGCUGAGUUAAGUUGACAAGACAAUGAAAGGAACAAAAUUCGGUAUCCUCUUGCUGGUAAGAAAUCGCUUUGCCUACAACGUAUUUCCAUGUUUGGAUUGCAUAUAAGUUGACUUUUUCCCAUUGAAUUGCACAGCCAUUCUUCAGCCUUCAAAUCUGGGAUUAUUCACACAGCAAAAGCUUGCUACUGGAGCCAGUUGCAGGAAUAACUAAAUUUAGACAAGGAAGAAAAAGGCUGAGAACAUCAACAUGAAGCAAACCAUUGACAUGGUUGUUGAGACCCAGUGGUCUGUAAAAUCGUGUACAAUAGUAAUAUGUUGGCAACUAACAGGCAUAAUUCCUGUGGAAACCUCUGAGGUACACCUGGAAAAAUAUACCAACUCAACAUGGUAUUUGAACCAAUCCUAGUUCUAAAUUGCUACUGAUUCUGGUAUCCUCAAACAGCUAUAUUUUAAGACUUCAUGGCUACGAAUAGCAAUUUAUUUCCCAAGUGUUUGCAGUACAUGAAAUUGCUACAGGGAUUCUCACUAAUUUAAAAAUGGAACCAGAAAGCCAUGAUGGUGAGAAGAUGAUGACAUCAGCAAUGAUAACUAUAACAUGUAUGGGGACCAAGAGAUAGAACAGCCAACAAAUAUAGAAAAUGGAGAAUCCCAUCCCUUCAGGCAGAUGUUUCUAUGAGGUAAUAAAUCGCAUUAGUCAAGAUGUCUUCAGCACCUGAGCCACCAACACUUAAAAAGGAAUCACCCAAAGAGAAAGACUUUCCAAAUCCAGGGCUCAGAGGGGUACGCACGACGACCUUAUUUCGAGCUGUGAAUCCAGAGCUCUUCAUUAAGCCUAACAAACCUGUAAUGGCUUUUGGAUUGGUCACCCUUUCACUUUGUGUGGCUUAUAUUGGUUAUCUACAUGCAGCACAAGAGAAUAAAAAGGACCUCUAUGAAGCAAUUGAUAGUGAAGGGCACAGUUAUAUGAGGAGAAAAACUUCUAAAUGGGAUUAAAGGGCUGGUUACUGCAGUGGAACUUUAUUAAAGACUCUGAAAUCUUCAAAUGAAAGCUUUUCGAGUGUACAUAAUCAUAUUUCUUAUUCUAGAAUAUGUUAAUGAGAAGAGAAGGGAGCGGUUGUAGCCAAAUGACUACAGUAAAUUUUGCCCCUAUACAGCUGCAGCCACUGUCUUAUUUUCCUUCCACAGAAAGAGCAUCUGAGUAUUUCUCUUUUAUUAAAUCCUCUUUAAAAAAAAAAAAGACUUGAGGAUAGAGUCAUUGUUGUUAAUUAUUGAGCUCUGUGUGAUAAAAGUACUCAGUGCUGUUAAGUGUGCAUGGACGUUUUCAUGUUUUAAGGUGAGUCGUGCUUUGUAGCUAUUAUGAGAGCUUUGUUUUGUUCUGUUGCAUGCAAAAAUAAUGUGCAUGUUCUACAUGGCAUAGAAGCUGUAUUUGUAAGAAAGGAGAAAUCAUAACUUUAAAUUCUGAAGUCAACAUUAAGGUAUGAGAAAUGAAAACUGAGUUUGACUCUGACAAAUAGUUCUUACAGUCACAGAUGGCUCCUGUAUUUUGGUUUCAUUUUCAACUGUUUUUGGUUCAGAAUUGUAUUUAAAUUAAAAAGAUAUCCCCUCAGUUACUAAAAUAAUGAUUGAGAGAAUAAUACCAAGUAAUUGAAAUUUUUCUUUUUAAAAAAAGGUUAUGAGGUAUUUAUUUGACUAUAACUAGAUGCUACUUGCUUAGUUUCUAUGAUGUUAUAAGCAUAAGACCAAGUAUUCUUCUAAUUAUUUAAAACUACUCAAUAGAUGAGAAAUAGACAAGGUUUUCUUACUAUGCUAGGCUUCCUUAUAUAAUUUUAAUUUUCCUGAUAAGGUUCUGGACCUGUUUCAUUGUUAGAUAUUUGCCCCUUUCUUCAAAUUACUGUAGUUGGGGCUCAGCAGUAAAUCUCAUCCCUGAAGUUUUGUUUCUUUUGUUAUUACCAAGUAAUAAUAAUAGCACAGGCAGUUUGUCUUCAUCACAUUGGUUUUAAUUUCUAGCACUUCAAGUUUUGCAAGGUAUGUAAAGAUGCAGUUAUGUCUGAAUUUGUAGGUGUUAAAGAACAUAGCCAUUUGUGUUUAUCUACAUGGAUCUAAUUAAAUCUUUAUCACUAAGCCCUAAAUAUUUCUUUGCUAUACCUCUCCAUAUAUUAUACUUUGUAUCAUUUAAAUGCACUUAUAUGGUACAAAUGCCUUUUAAUUUAAAUACCUUUUGCUUUUGAUUUUCUGUGUAUUUUGAUUGUCAUAGAACUAGGAUUCUUCUGUUUUUAGCUUAUGUACUUAUUGUCAUGUUGCCAUCUUUUAGAAGUCUUUUAUGAUUCAAGAAAAUAAGUUCACAUUCAGUAUAAGGGGAGAUAUUACUUGGGUGAACAAUUAUCGCAGUCCAGAAGAGCCACAAAACUAUAUAUUAUGAAGCCUUAAGCCAUGUCUGUGUGAAGGAAACAGGGUAGCAACAGACACAGUCAAGCACAAAGCUGUGAAAAUUAUUGUGAGGGAAGAAUCACACUAAGUUUUAGGAAUGAAUACCUAAUUAUAAGACUUCCUACAGGCUGGUUACAGGUUAUAUCAUUCUUGGUGUGAGCAGAGUGUCAAAGGCAAUGUAUUAAUGUUUUCAUUCAUUUUCUGUUGAAUGGGCAUAACAACCUCAAAUAAAGUACCCUUUGAAAUAGU